UCUCGCCGGACGACAAUAGAGAAGGGACAGGCUCAGUUUAUGGAGUUUGGACGAACAGCGUUUGUUGUGAGAGUUUCUCUCCGCGGCGUUUGAGCACCAAAAAUGACGACUUUCAGGGUUUUUUCGAGCACAACACUCGCCGUGCUGCUGCUCGACGUGUGCCUGGUGUGCUGUGACAUUACGGACGGGAACGCGGAGCACCUGAAGCGGGAGCACUCGCUGAUGAAGCCGUACCAAGGCGUCGGCAGCAGCCCCAGCAGUCAGUGGGACUUCUGGGGAAGCACGUUGGUGACGUCCUCGUACGUCCGACUCACCCCAGACGAGAGGAGCAAGCAGGGAUCCAUCUGGAACACAGUGCCUUGUUACCUGAAGGACUGGGAAAUGCACGUGCAGUUUAAAGUUCAUGGGUCGGGGAAAAAGAAUCUCCAUGGCGAUGGCAUCGCCCUCUGGUACACAAAGGAAAAACUGCACCCAGGCUCCGUGUUUGGAAACCAAGAUCCGUUUCUUGGCCUGGCUAUUUUUUUGGAUACCUUCCGCAAUGACCUCCAUGGGAUGGAUCGCUCCUUCCCGUACAUUUCCGCCAUGGUGAACAACGGCACGGUGAGCUACGACCACGGCAAAGACGGCCGCUCGUCGGAGCUGGGAGGCUGCUCGGCCGAGAUCAGGAACCGGGAGCACGACACGUACCUCGCCGUCCGCUACUCCAAAGGAAGACUCACUGUGAUGAUCGACGUGGACGACAAGAACGAGUGGAGGGAGUGCAUCGACAUCGGCGGCGUUCGUCUUCCCACGGGAUAUUACUUUGGUGCCUCAGCGGCGACAGGAGAUCUCUCAGAUAACCAUGACAUCGUCUCCAUGAAGCUCUACCAGCUGAUGGUAGAACACACCCCCGAGGAGGAGAACAUGGACUGGUCCAAGAUCGAGCCCAGCGUCAGCCUCCUCAAGUCUCCCAAAGACAACAUCGACGAUCCCACCGGAAACUUCCGCAGCACGCCGCUCACCGGCUGGAAGGUCUUCCUGCUGCUGCUGUGCGCUCUGCUGGGGAUCGUGGUGUGCGGCGUGGUGGGAGCCGUGGUUUUCCAGAAGAGGCAGGAGAGGAACAAGAGGUUCUACUGAAAAAAGAGGAUGAGGAGGAGGAGUUUGCUGUGGAUUGAACUGUUUCCUGACGGCAGAUCGAGCACAUUCAAUGUGAAUUUUUUUCUAAAGAUUGUACAAAUGUUUAUAUCUUUUGAAGCACUGCGUUGGGGGUUAAUCUUUUUUUCUUUUUUGAUGUUGGUAAGACAGAGCAGAACUGAGAGGCCCUGGUAAAUGCUGUUUGUUUUCUUUGUUUUCAUUCAUGGCAGAAUUACCACAUGUCCAUUUCUCUGCUUCAAGUGUGAGCCUUUAAAAAAGGUUUUGUUUUUCUUGCUGUUUUACUGUGAAGGAAGAGAUGAUUUGACACAAAAUAAUCUGACAUUUUGUGGUGAUUUUCUUGCUUUUCCUAAUUUUGCUUUUGUCUAAGCAUUUUAGAGUCAUUUUGAAAUAACUGAAACAGACAUUUUCUUUAAAUAACCAUUGUUACACAACUUAACUUAACUCUUAUUUUUCUUUUCUUUUAAACUGGAAGGAUCAAAUGUCAAUUCAUUUUGACCACAUUUGACUGUUUAAUCUGACUUUCCUUACUCUUGUUUAGCCAUUUGGUUUAGAAAAUGUCCGAAAUUUGAUCAUGAAAAUCAAAGUAAAAGUUAACUUAACACUCAAAUGAUUUGAGUCUGUAAAGCUGGAAGUGUUUUCCUGAUGAAUGUAUUGUAAAAGCAGUUGUCGGUUAAUUAAUAGAUUAGUUGUGAUGGACAGAAAAUGUAAAAGCAGCCGUAAAUUAUGUCCAUAAAAAAGGAACAUACAGUCAAUUUUAACUGUAACGUUUGAAAACUGAAGCUUUUACCGUGAAACCACUUCAUAAGAGCAGCACGUUGGGCUUUUAUCUAAAAUACGACUCAAAUAUUUGUCCUCCGCAGAUGUCAUUUGUUGAUUUUUAAUAUCCAUGGAUGUUAUUUUUUCUAAGCAAUAAUAUCUUCAAAUUCUUUCUUGUUUGGUUGUUAGUUUUUUAACAAGUUUCUUUUUCACAUUUGCUUUGCAUUUCACAUGCUUUUCAAAGAGUUGUGUUUUGAUGAGCGAGAUGAAACAGAGAUUGUUGUUGCUUUUUUUAUUUUUAUUUUCUUAACAAUCUUUUAGCAGGGUGGAUGUUUUGAGUCUCUGUCGUAUGAUCUUGAAGCCGGUCUGCAUCUGCCGCCACAUCACUUAGGUUUGUGAUGAGACUCUGAAAACCUGCUCCUCUCAUCAGAAAUAAUGUAUUAAAAUAAAGAAAUACAUUUUAAAAAA